ACAGCUGUGGGCCUAAACAAACGCUAUAACCGUCAAACUCUAACUUCAAGUGCGAGAAACUGGCAGAUUUUCACAGCAUAAGACCAAAAUCUUGAAGCGCUUUGAAUGAGCAGUUCUGAAACCUGUAACUUCAGGAUUGACAGACAAGCAAAGUCGCCUGUGGAGCAGCUCAGAGUGAAAGGCAUGAAGAAGUCAAAGCCCUCAGGUUCAGCAGGAACAGGAGGACCAACACAUGCUCAUCCACCAGCUGAACCUCUCCUCAAGCCUAAAGCUAAAGAGGACAAAGACCAGACAGAUGAAGAGGAUGUCGAGAAUGAAGACCUUAAGGCUCCAGUGGGGCUCUUAAUCAAGUUCCUCAGAGCUCUGAAGGACAAAGACCUCCAGCUGGCUGUUAAGCUGUGUCAGAUGAUUCUCAUCUACGAACCAGACAAUCCCGAGGCCUCAGAGUUCCUCCCAUUGAUCCAGAAGAAGCUGCUGGAAGAGCAAGACACAGAGUCGAGCACCGAGGAAGAUGAUGAAGAAGAAAGUGAUGAUGAUGAUGAUGACACCGACUCUGGGAGUGAUGAUGAUGAUGGUGAAAAAGAAAAUCAAGAUAACAGACACAAGCCGUGCCCUCCUGCUCACAUUUCCCCUUAAAACUAUUGCACCUGUCCAGCAGGGCCUAUGGUACAGCAAUAGCAUAUUGUAUUUAUUAUUAAGCCACACUGCUGCUGUCCAUAGUCGCAGUCUUUUCAGUGCAGACAGUGUGACAGUUAUAUAUUCUCUCAUAUUCUCACCUGCAAUUAAAAUAGCCCUGGUGGACUGAGCAGAUGCCCUCAUUUCCUGAAAACAUAAACUGAUGAACUUAAUCAACUGGUCAUGAAAAUGAAAGCUCCUGAUAAAUCUGAUGAAACUCCUGUCGUAUGUUGACCUGCAGUAGAGAUUGUAAAUGAGUUCACUAUCAGUCUCAUAUCCAUCUUGAGAAUAAUCCUUUGAUAAAAUGUAAAGCAGGUUAACCCACUUAAACUGAUAUUUUUUUAGCCUAAUCUGUAGCCAUCCUCGGCUCUACUCAGCUUGUUGUUUAAAUAUCUUAAAUAUAAAUUUACUGUUUUGUGUCAUUCUCAGCUGCUUUAGGAGAAAAAACCCCUGAAACACUAACUGAACUCUGGUACCACAUGGCAGAUGGCUACAGUUAGCAGCUAACUGCUCAACACAGGGAGUCGGAAAUUUCCUGGAGAGUCAGUAGAGACAAAAGCAGCAGCAUGAGAGGUAACUUUACCCGCAAUACAAAGCGCCUUGAGG